AUGUCUUCUCAGCUUUGUAGCCUCAACAAUCACUCUCUAUUACGCCGUAAUGCUUCUCGCUUGCCAGGCAUGUCCAGCCGUGUCCGUGACGGACGUUCCUCAUCGCCCUCCAAUAGAGGGCCAUCCAGUCGCCGUUCCCCUAGCCCAAGUGGUGACGACUUGGGACGCGAACUCGGUUCGCCCACAGCUUCUACACCUGCCAAUCAGGUGCCAGCCACCGCCUUCACGUUAAGCAGCGCACGUCGCACUUUGGCUGGUGGUGAAAAGGCCUUUUUCGAGACCAUGUCAAUGAAUGCUGGGUUAGACCCAGUGCAUCAUGAAUAUGCCCAAUACCUUGCUGAGGUCAACGGAUUGGCGGCGCAACACAUUGCCCAAUCAGUUGCCCAAGCUAAAACGCUAUUCAACAUCGAUAAGCUUUCUGACGCGGUAGGCCGCAUGGCAGAAAAGCUUGAAGAGGUCUCGAGCAUGCUUGAGAACCACUUGUCGGCUGAGUCCCAAUCUAACGGGCCCAGUGCGAAUGCCGUGGCUUGGGUUUGUUCUCCGGAACUCCAUUCGUACACGGCUUUAGAAGCCAAUCGUGUUUGGCUUUCUCAUUCGUUUUUUAGCUCGAUACGAACCCGCCUCAAUGCUCAACCCAAUGAAUGGAAGCAACAGCAUCUUCCAGGAGGGAGUCUUGGAAUCCAAGACAGCGUUGGCACUAGGUUGUUGACUACUCACAUCAGGAAUGUGUGCAAGCACACUCGUGAAAAACUUCAUAUCUUGCUUUUAACCGGGAUUUACGAUCCCAAGACUGGUGCGGUCAUGGACGACCCAGUGCCAAACCUCAAGUUGCUAUGGCACAGGAUCGCAAACAGGAUGGGCGUCGCCGGCUCACACGCCGAUGCUAACUCUUUAUGGGCCAAUACCGAUGCGCCCACCCGCGCUCGAAUCGCUUAUCUAGUAAGCGAUUCGAAAAAGUCUCCUUGUCUCAAGCAACUUUCACACUCCAACUUCUUACUCUUUGUCCCUCUCUUACACCAGCGCCGCGAAGCUGUCCAUAUCUUCCAAAACGGCCGCGGUUCUGGGUCAGUUUGGGCCAGUGUGGACAAGAAACUCGCCAGCUUGCGAGCCAAAGGGGACGACUAUACCAUUGCUUUUUACAAAGUUGUGUAUAAUCAAGACAGAGAGGCGUUCAACUUCAAGAACUUAUUUGACGAACUUAAAGAAACCUGUGAUUUUGCGCUGCCAACCGACGAGGUUGUUGAAGAUGCAAUUGGUGCCGAACAAUCCAAUCAAGAUGACGAGUAG